AUGGCUGAAGCAGUUCACACUUUUCGGUGGAACAAUCUCCGGUCUGCCUCCCUCCCCACAAACCACUGCCAACCGAACUCCGUCUGCCGCCAUACAAUUCCGGCAACUACCGGCAGCUCCCGACUCAGAACUAGUUGUAAAGCCAUCGAAAUCGAGACCACAGCCCCCAAACCUCAAACCGAGCCCCAAACCAACUUCUCACUAGCCUACAAGCAGAUAGCCUCUCUUCUCCAAAGGUCCAGCAUAAUCAACCUAACCGGGGCCCACGGCACCAUUAACGUCCAAGGCGAAGAUCAGAAGAAGCUUGACGUCAUUGCCAAUGAGCUGUUUUGUGGCUGUCUGAGAUCGAGUGGCCGAACGGGUAUUAUAGCUUCGGAGGAAGAGGAAGUCCCAGUUGCAGUAGAGGAGACAUUCUCGGGAAACUACAUUGUCCCAGGGAGCAACCUGCUAGCUGCAGGCUACUGCUUAUACUCGAGCUCGGUGGUUUUCACGCUCUCGAUAGGGAGAGGGGUGCAUGCAUUUACCCUGGACCCUGCCUACGGAGAAUUCGUGCUCACGCACGAGAAUAUCAAGAUUCCUAGUUCCAGGAGAAUCUACUCAUUCAACGAAGGUAAUUACGAUUUGUUUGACGAGAAGCUGCAGAAGUAUCUGGAUGAGCUGAGAAAGCCCGGGCCCAAUGGAAAGCCUUAUUCGGGCCAUUAUAUAGGCUGCCUAGUUGGGGAGAUUCAUAGAAUGUUGCUUGUUGGGGGCAUAUAUGGAAAUCCAGACAACAAAAAUAGCAAGAACGGGAAUUUAAGGCUUUUGUACGAAUGUGGACCGAUGAGCUAUUUAAUUCACCAGCGUACACCAAUAUUCAUCGGGAGCCCAGAUGAAAUAGACAAUCUGCAGAGAUAUUUGUCUGAAGACUAA